AUGGCCUGGGACCUGAACUAUCAGACCCGCUCCUCCCGACUCCCCUCGAGUCUAGCAAGGGCUCCAGAACAUGCCCUGAAGAUCAGCCAGAAGGCAAUUGAAGAUCAACUAAAGAUAUGUGGCCACAAGAGGGAUGCUGAUGUCCUUGAGCUGUUCCUUUCUAAAAAGGAGCUGACAGAUGUUAUUGAUCUUUCUAGGUUUAGAAAAUUAAAAUACUUAUGGCUACAUCAUAACAAGCUCCAUGAAAUAACAUUUCUAACUAGAAACUAUUGUCUGACAGAAUUGUAUCUAAACAACAAUGCAAUUAUUGACAUUGAAGGCCUGCACUAUUUGCCUUCAUUGCAUAUACUGAUGCUGCACCACAAUGAGUUAACAAACAUCGAUGCAACAGUGAAGGAAUUAAAGGGAAUGCUAAAUCUGAAGACCCUAAGUCUCUACCAAAACCCUUUUUGCCAAUAUAACCUGUAUCGUCUAUAUACCAUCUACCACCUUCCAGGAGUAGAGUUGCUUGACCGAAAACAAGUUACAGAAAAAGAAAGAAGAUCAAUGAUUACCAUUUUUAACCAUAAAAAGGCUCAUAUUGUUCAAUCAAUCGCAUUCAGAGGAAAAGUAGAUGCCUCAUGGGAUCCUAGAUCACCUUUUAAGCAAAAAAAAGCCAGCAGGGUACCUAAAGGUUUUUCAUUUGCAAAUAAUGUAAGCAAAAUUGUGUUUGAUGAUCCAGAAGAUGCUGUUUUUGUCAGGUCCCUGAAGAGAUCAAUGAUGACUUUUACCUCUCUGAACUGGAACACAGUUCCCAAAAGGGAGGAAAAAUACCUUGAAGACAAAGGCACAAACCCUCCUCAAAUGCUCACAAUUACACUGAGAUAA